CGGGAGACCUCGGCAACCGGUUUGCAGUUGUGACGUACGUGUGUGUGUGCACUCUGCUAUGGCUACGUCAUAUAUAAUUUGUGAGAUCUAUACAGUGUUAUUUAUGAAAGAAAUUACAUUCUUAGAUUAGUUUUUCUUAUCGUCGCAUAUAAGUGGUUUUUUUUUCGAUCUUUAUAGUUUCGACUUUGAUAACUCACGGUACCUCGGUCUCUGCGUACGUAUUUUUUUAUCAACAAAGUACGCUAACCUCUAUCGGCUUCCCGAGACCUUCACUUGCCGCGCAAUGCUUUUUUAUUCGACAUGAUCAUCGCAUGAUGGCGCUCUCUGGCGGAGCUGGUGUUUAAACUUUAUUCACUGAUCAACUAUUAGAUUUUUAGAUCAAUCCUAUACCGUCAAUCAAAAAGGGCGAAAAAAUGACUCAACACGUAUCUCACAACCAAUCAAUUCUCGAUCGGCUACGAACCAAAUUCUUGCCGGAGGCCGUCGCUUCCGGAGCUUUUGGUGACGUCACUUUCGUGGGUUUCGAACCAUCGCCUCGCCAGGACCUCGACCAAUACAUGUCAGACAUCGUCUUCGGUGACGUCAUCCUGUCCACCGCUCAGGGUCGCCGUGCAGAGUCUGUGGUCGUGAAAGUCCACCCCAACACAGACUAUGCAGCCGGAUUCGAGAUCGGUGCUCACUUUCACAAUGAAGCACUCUUCUACUGCGAGAUUAUUCCGUUUUUCCAAAAAUACGACGGUGAUCGCUUUUUGAACGCAUCGGUGCCCGGUUUCUUAUACGGACGUGCGACAGGGAAUCCAGAGGAUGACGUCAUCAUUCUGAGGGAUGCAACGAAGGAGGGAUUCCGCAUGACCGAGGAGAGAUUGUUUUUGGACGAGAAGCACAUCAAACUAGCACUGAAUAG